AUGGACGUAUUUGCCGGAACUAGCGAAAAGCAUCUUCGUGCUAUCCUUGUUGCGCUAUGCCAAGACCCGAAUAUCCUGGCAAAGGCCACAAGGAUGGCGGACAAUCUCGAAGAAGCGGCAGAACAGACCGGGUCCGACAGCGACAUGAGCGAGGCUGACCUAGCGAUCUGCUGUCAAUGCGAGGAGGCAUUUUCAGAGGACAAGAAUGAGGGGAUGCUUGUCUAUUCCAUCCGGGCAUGA